AUGCCCACCACGAGAAGAACACAGCGGCCAGUAAUCGAUAUUUUCAAUAGACCGGAUCAAACUCAUCAGGGCAACAAUAUAACAGAUUCUGAAGCAUUCAGGGUAAGCGCGAAUUCAGCCGCCAAUGAAACUGAUUCCGAUUUUGCAUUGUUUGGGGCAGACGAGGUGGAGAAUGAGAGGGAGAACUAUGGAGAGAACAAAGAAAUACACAGUGAUGAUGACGAUAGUAAAGUUAAUGAUGGUAAAGUCGAAUCCAAAGAGGGGGGUAUUGCAGCCCCGACGCAACCAGCACAAAUUGAAGGUAUUUUUGAAGUAGAGCAAGAAUGGGAAGAUAGAUACAAUGAUAGUGACAGUUCAUCUAGUUCUUUUGAGUCGGAUAAACCUCAUUUUAGAGUUACCAGGGAAUCUGCCAGGCAGGCAGCUGCCGUGGCUGCUGAGAAAGCAAAACAGCAACAACCGCCACUAGAACACAAAGUGACUGAUAUGACAUCAUUCCUUCGAGUGUUCUUAAACAGUGACGGCGCUGCUGUUGGAUUGCCUUUUAGACGAGCUGUUGACGCUGUCAUCGUCAUUAGCAAGCAUAGAAAGCUCUGUAUCUUCUCGUUCCUGUUCAUGGUCCGAAUUGUCGGCUGUAUCACUGGUCAGCAACAAAUGGUAGUCCUGCAUGGAUAA